GAGCCGUGGGGCGGCCGUGCGGGAAGUGAGCUCAGGCGCACAGGAAAUCCCGCCCGCGCCGCGGCCUGUGUUUGCGCUGCGGGCAGAGAAAGGAGCCGAGCGCCUGCAGCGGCCCAGCCGAGCCUGCCGCACGCCCCGGGGCCGAGCCAUGUCUGACCAGGAAGCAAAGCCUUCAGCUGAGGACUUAGGAGAUAAGAAAGAGGGGGAAUACAUUAAACUCAAAGUCAUUGGGCAGGACAGCAGUGAAAUUCACUUCAAGGUGAAAAUGACAACGCACCUCAAGAAACUCAAAGAAUCGUACUGUCAAAGACAGGGUGUUCCAAUGAAUUCACUCAGGUUUCUCUUCGAGGGUCAGAGAAUUACUGAUAAUCAUACCCCCAAGGAGCUGGGGAUGGAGGAGGAAGAUGUGAUUGAAGUUUAUCAGGAACAGACGGGGGGUCACUCAACAGUUUAGAUCCUUCUGUUUGCUUUCUUUCCCCUUAAUCCUUUUUUAUUUUUAAAUAAUAGUUCUUUUGUAAUGUGGUGUUCAACACUGAAUUGAAACUGGCACCCCAUCUCUGGGAGUUUAUUUUCAAGCGUCUGGUAUUUUGAAUUCUCGUGCUCAUUAUACACUAUUGUUUCUGUUUUCAUUGUGCUGAACUUUUGUGAUCCAGCUGCAACCCUGCUCUCCUUUUCCCUCCUGCCCUCCCCUUUAGAAAUACAUGUACACACAUGCAUUUGUACGUUCACUAGGUUCGUGCAUUUCAGGCACGAAGGUUGUAAGAUCUGCCAGGUGGGCGAGUGUUCUUAAUGACUUCCAUAUCUGCCCUGAAGUUUUGAUGUGUGACUGUUUCACUCCUGGACUAUAACUUUCAGUGCGAGAUGAAGUUUUUCAGAACUAAACUGUGGAGAAAUUCUGUAUCCAUAACUCAGAGCUAUUUUGCUUAAAUUGCGCUGAUGGCCCAACGAAGAAGAUCAGAGUUGGAAAUGGAAAAGCUAGAACUGUUGUCAUCUGUACGUUGCUCCAGAGAUGGCUUUGCUGAAGACAUAGAAUUGAAAACCCUAAUGAUUCUUAAAUCUUGUCGGAAGAUCCCAGAAGCAUUUUAACUUCAUAUAGGAAUUAGUACAUGCAGGUAUUCAUGCAAGGAUGUUCGCAGCAGACAACUGGUGUUACUUUGACACUUUUGUUUGUACCUUUUGGCCUGGGACGUGGGUUUUGAAUGGACAUUGUCUGUACCAGCUUCAUUUAAAAUAAAAAACAAAAACAAUUUUAUAAACAA